GGAUUUUCUUUUUCUUUUUUACAAAUUUAUUGCUUUUAUUUUGACAUGUGUUAUUUGCAAAUUAAAAUAUUUUUUUGUGUGUUGAUGAUGUGGUUUUCCCCAAAAUUUUCUCAUGAGUUUGUAAAAAAAAGAAUAAAAAGUAAAGAUUAAAUCUGUAUUUAUGUGUUCUUCUGUUAAAUUUUUUUUUUUUUUUUUUUUUUUGAACGGCAAAUUUGGAUCACUGACGGACCACUGGAGUAUCAUCGUGCCACCAGCAGAACCACCCGAUCAUAUCCAUCUCCACUAGGCAAUAAUGCCUUCUGUUAAAUUAAUGUAUCAAACUAAAAGCUUUGAAAUUUUGUGAUAUCUUAAGAAAUUAUUGGAGUUUAAUUUUCAAUCUUUACUCAUAUAUGUUAAAUUAUGAGGUGUGUUGUACUUUUUUUAUGUUGAAGAUAUGAGAUUUUAUGCUGUUUGAUCUUGUAAAUCCACACACACAAGUUAUUUGUAAAAAGGUAUCAAAGAGCACAAGUUAGUUUUGUUGUUGACAGCAUAAAUUUUUUUGUUUUUUUUUCUUUAAUUAAUCCUUAUCUAUAAAUGGGAUUUGUAAAUAAGAUAUGUUUUUUUGCCAGUUAAGGUAGUAAAACAUAUCUGGUCUACUGUUCAUGUCUGGUGCUCUAUCAAUCAUGCUUUUCAUCAUGGAAUCUUGUUCAUACCAUUUUUGCUCAUAAAGUUAUUAUGAAUUUAUAAUUAUGUCUGUGCUUUCAGUUUCCUUUUCAACUCAUGGAAUCAAUGUCUUUAGAGGGUUAAUUAUACCUAGUAUGGAUUUCUCAGAAUCUACGAAAGUUGUAUACGAUAGAGUUCAAAAGAUAGAACCCGAAAACGUCUCCAAGAUUAUCGGGUACCUUCUUUUACAAGAUCAUGGUGAACGCGAAAUGAUAAGAUUAGCGUUCGGGCCUGAUAAUUUAAUACACGCUUUAAUCAAUAAAGCGAAAACUCACCUUAAAUUACCUUCGAACACAACUGUUGGUCAACCGAGUUCACCUCCUCAGGUCAACUCUCUCCCCGAUAUGCCAAUUGGCCCGAUUCACUUCACACCGUUCUCUCCUUCAACCCGUCAUUCACCAUUGACGAUUCAAGUUCCCAACCGUUGUUGUGACCACCAUGGUCAACCCGUUGACUUUGUUCCCAUGGUUUAUCCGGCUUCUUAUCCUGAAGAUUACCACCUUCACAACCACCUUCGUUUCAUGUCGUUAGAAGAUCAAAUGGAGCCCGUUAACAGCCCGGAUUUUUCGUCUGGUCAUUACUAUUCACCUGAGCCGGCGUUGGGUCCUCGGGCCAAUAGGAGGUCACCAAGUUUACCCGAAUUUCCUUUUAAAGUUUGUCAUUACUUCAUUAAAGGGUUUUGUAGACAUGGAAACAACUGUAGGUAUUUACACCCUACUCCCGAAAGCUUUUCGCAAAUCUUUAACUCUAAAUUGAGCGAGGACGAUAACGUCUUUUCACCCAUGUCUCUCGAGAAACUCGAGUUAGAACUCACCGAGCUACUGAAAUCACGAAGAGGGUUUCCUGUUUCCAUAGCUUCUUUACCAAUGAUAUAUUAUGAAAAGUUCGGUAAAACACUUCAAGCCGAAGGCUAUUUGACCGAAAGUCAAAGACACGGGAAAGCCGGUUAUAGUUUGACCAAACUUCUUGCUCGCCUUAAAAGCAUCUGUCUCAUUGAUAGGCCACAUGGGCAACACGCGGUCGUAUUGGCUGAUGACAUGGCGAAAUGCAUGGAUCAUAUUGGAGACCGAAACGAACAUGGUGGAAUUGUUGCGGGUUCUAGACAGAUAUACUUGACGUUUCCAGCUGAAAGUACCUUUUCCGAGCUUGACGUUUAUAAUUAUUUCAACAAAUUCGGGCCAGUUCGUGACGUGAGAAUUCCAUGUCAGCAAAAGCGAAUGUUUGGUUUCGUGACUUUUGUGUUUGCGGAUACAGUUAGGCAUAUCUUAAACAAGGGAAAUCCUCAUUUUGUUAGUGGUGCACGCGUUUUGGUCAAACCAUACCGUGAAAAAUGCAAGAUUGAUGAUAGGAAACAUGGUUACGCAUAUCAACAUCCUAUGUACCAAGGCUCUCACUGUCUUGAUUCCGAAUUCGGGCUGCACUCAAGCAAUACUCAUGCACAACAAACCGACUUCAAUUCGACUGAGCGCUUUAACCAUUUUCUUGAUGCUUUAAGCAACGGUGCAGCCAGUGACGAUAAAUUUAGGCAGAUUAAUACCGAAUACAACGAGCAAGAAAGUAGCCAGGGACUGAAUCUUCCGGACAGCCCGUUUGCAUCGGGAUUAGGGGGGGAAAUAUCAACAGUUAUAUAGUGUUCUUCAAAGAUAACAAGAGCAGGUUUAUAGAGAUAGAGAUGACAGAAUAUCAAAGAGUUUGAUAAUCAGAUGAUACAGAGAAUGUUUUUAGGGUGAUAAAGAAGGUUGCAGAAAAGGGUACAGAAAACAUUAUGCUUGUAACUAAGUUAUGGGUUUUUUUUUUUUUUUUUUUUUUUUAAGUGUUUAGGAAUAUAGCAAGGCUGCGGAAAAUAGGUGGCUAAAAGUAUAAAAUAAUGAAGUAGGAGGGUUGAAUGUUAAAGUUGCAGAAAAGUGUAUCUGCAUGUUUGGUAAUUACUAAAUAUAUAAUAUAUUUCUAAUAAUAAAGACUUUAGUUUUUUUUUUUUAA